AUGCGGGACGCAGGCACUGAGAUUGGAGCGCUGAGGAGAGCGCGCAUGGGGAAGAGAGAGGCGGCGAGAGAGAGAACUCGAGACGGCAGGAGCGGAGCGAGGUUGUGUUUGCAUGUUCUCCUGGUUCUCCUCCUGAAGCUGCUCCUCUCUCUGCAGGUGAAGGAGGCGCGGAGAGCUGAGGAGGUGCUGGACCUCCUGGACUUUGAUGUUUGUGAGGAGGUGCGAAAGAGCCGGAGCCGGAGCAAAAAGAACCACAGCAAGUUCAGGCUGAUCCAGAGUCACAGAAGGGGAGGGGCCAGGGUGAACUCUGUGGUGUUUCUGGCCCUCAGUCCAGAGGAGAAAGAGUCUUGGAUCCAAGUCCUGAACCAGGCCCUGAACCGAGCCAAGAACCGGGUCCUAGACCAGGUGACGGUGGAAGACUCUUCUUUGUCUCAUUUGACUCGAGACCGAGCGAAGAUCCUGCACACGCGCCGUCUGCCAACAAGAGGCCACCUGCUGGCUGUGGCCUCUGCGUCCUCAGAUGGAGCUCUGACUCUGGACCUGAUCCAAGAAGACCAGACCAGAGACCAGCACCCAGACCAGACCAGGCCCAAAUUCAAAAGCCCGACAGAGACCUCAGAGAAACCCCACACUCUGCCCAGACAGGUGGUGUCAACACGAAAGUCUUUGUCGUCAGAGAAGAGUUUGUCUUUGGACCAAAUCCCCCAAAACUCGAGAGCUGAAGGAGCUGUGUUUGAAGAUGGACAGCAGCAUUAA